GCUACCGGUGGGCAUGUUUUUUUCAGUGUGCAUGUGUGCUCCUCGCAUUUGAACGAGCUGAAUGCCACCACCACCAGCACCACCAGCACCACCUCCUCCUCCAGCAGCAGCACCAGCAGCCACGUCCCUGCACGCCCCGCUCAUCAAUAUGCGCUUCAGCUGCUCAACGUGAGAUCCUCGUGCACAGAGACCGAGCGGAGCCAGUGUUCGCAGCGUGGAGGCGAUGUCACCUCCUUCACACCUGACUCCAUCAGCCGCUGACUUCUCCCGCUGCGCUCCACUUUACCCCCGUUUUCUGGGGGGGGAUGCGAUCCAUGGAUUUCCUCUGAUCUGAUCCGGAGCGCGUCCUGGACCGUGCGUCGAUCUCAGGGGAGGGGGCUCUCUGCUGCUGCUGCUGCUGCUGCUGCACACACGCACGCACGCACACACACACACAAACACAGAGACACACACUCGGGGGUGACAAGGGAACAGGGAAGAAGAGAGAUUUGAUCGUAACUAACUAAAGGAGACAGGGGGAUGUUUGCUUUGCACCGGCUGCGCCAAUUCCGCGUGUUUUCCGCACUGGUUGUCGGUUCGAUUGUGUGCUGCGCGAGAAGCGUCAACGAGCCGGGCAACAUGUCCUUCGUGAAGGAGACGGUGGACAAACUCCUAAAGGGCUACGACAUCCGACUCAGGCCGGACUUUGGAGGGGCCCCUGUUGCAGUUGGGAUGAGCAUAGACGUGGCCAGCAUAGACAUGGUGUCAGAAGUCAACAUGGACUACACGUUGACCAUGUACUUCCAGCAGUACUGGAGGGACAAGCGUCUCGCCUACGUGGGAAUCCCUCUCAACUUGACCCUGGACAACCGAGUGGCCGACCAGCUCUGGGUCCCCGACACGUACUUCCUCAACGACAAGAAGUCGUUUGUCCACGGAGUCACGGUGAAGAACCGAAUGAUCCGUCUGCAUCCCGACGGGACCGUUCUCUACGGCCUCAGGAUAACGACCACGGCGGCGUGCAUGAUGGAUCUCAGGAGGUAUCCCCUGGACGAGCAGAACUGCACCCUGGAGAUCGAGAGCUAUGGCUACACCACGGACGACAUUGAGUUCUACUGGAAAGGAGGUGAGACGGCUGUGACGGGGGUGACGCGAAUCGAGCUGCCUCAGUUCUCCAUCGUCGACUACAAGCUGGUGUCCAGAAACGUGGUCUUUUCCACAGGUGCCUACCCUCGACUGUCUCUGAGCUUCAAGCUGAAGAGGAACAUCGGCUACUUCAUCCUGCAGACCUACAUGCCGUCCAUCCUGAUCACCAUCCUCUCCUGGGUCUCCUUCUGGAUCAACUAUGACGCGUCGGCGGCCCGAGUGGCUCUAGGCAUCACCACGGUGCUCACCAUGACCACCAUCAACACCCACUUGAGGGAGACGCUGCCCAAGAUCCCGUACGUCAAGGCCAUCGACAUGUACCUGAUGGGCUGCUUCGUCAUGGUCUUCCUCGCCCUGCUGGAGUACGCCUUCGUCAACUACAUCUUCUUCGGGCGGGGCCCUCAGAUGCAGAAGAAGCUGGCGGAGAAGGCAGAGAAGGCCAACAACGAGCGGGCGGCCAAGUACGAUGCCGCAAGGGAGGCAGGUUGUAGGACCGCGUCCCUUAAACGCUCCAAUCAGGUUAAAGGUCUUCGCCACUCACGCUCGGCGGAGCCACACGGCCACGGGAAUGUCCUGCUCACCACCCUGGAGAUCCACAACGAGGUGGGGUCCGGCGAGAUCACCACCAGCCUGGCGGACAUUAGGAACUCUCAGUCCAUGGUGCAGCUGGACAGCACGGCCUCCACGCACAUCCAGUACCGGAAGCCGAGCGGCGGCGGCAACGGGCCACGCUCCGGCAGCCGCCCCUCUCUGGACCGGGCUGCGGCGAUGAAGCGCAGCCGCCUGCGCAGACGGUCCUCGCAGCUGAAAAUCAAAAUCCCCGACCUGACGGAUGUAAACGCCAUCGACCGCUGGUCACGAAUCAUCUUCCCCUCCGUCUUCUCACUGUUCAACCUCGUGUACUGGCUCUACUAUGUGUGAUUGGACCGUUUUCGUUGAGGUGUUUGGUGUCGUUUGAUUUUUAUUUUCAUUUUGUUUGAGUUUCUUCCUUUUUCUGUUGCUUUUAUACACGAUGGAAUAUGUGUGGAAUUUGUAGAGUUAAAAGACUGAAGCAGCACAAGGCAAAACAAAACAGAGACCGGGAGAGACGCCCGAGUUUUGGACCAAGUUCUCGUCGAAGUUGUUUUUAUAUUUGAAGUCAUUGAAUCCUUAGUAUGGAGGUGUUUUUAUUUUCUGAAGUAUGUACUGUAACUGGGACUUGUGACCAUUUCCCAACACUCUCCCGCUCAGUAACGUGUAAAUAGACAGAUACAAAGCCAGCAAGUGAGUGAACGACACAGUGUUUGCAAAAAGAAAAGCCAAACGAAGGAGGAACACAGUCGAUGCAAGGAGUUUUCUAAUCACAAAAAAAAAACUUUAUACAACACAGCAGGUCGGAUGAGUGCGAACAAUUUGUAAAACUUCAUUAGCCAAACUAACGUACGGACGUUUGACCGGUACCCUAUGCACUCUUAAUGCAUGCACCACAGUGGAACAGUAAUGGCACAACUUUGACUCUGUCGAUGUGUAUUUGUUUAUAGCGCUGAUAAUAUAUAAUAUACUUGCUAUUGACUUUAUCGUUGAUCUGGGAAACCUUUACACAAACGCGCUCAUUUAAAGGGGAGGACGUCGCCGCCCUCUGUUCAGGACGACCGGGACUCAGGUUGGGCGAUUUUGGCUAUUUUGGCCUCUUGUCACUGAAAUAUCCUAUUUUUAUUUGCUUUUCGUAAUUUGAUACGUAGAUUUAAAGAAAGAGAAGAAGCACAAAUACGAGUUAAAACUGCCAUUUUUCACUUCUAACUUCUCGCAACAACAGAAUUGCACUCAAAUUUCUCAACUUCCUCAAACUUACUUUUCAAACAACUGCCAAGGGCCUUUUGGGCGACACGGUUACUCAACCCAUGAAAUAUGAUAGUAUUUUUGUACUCUGCGUCUUCAGGUAUUCAUUUGACUUCUUGUUUUCUGUUGCUCGAUACUAACUCUGCUGCGACGACGGGGCGGAGGAAUGAAAACCCCAUUGUUUUUGUAAAUAAGUACAUAGGUGUGUAUAUACAUAUACUGUGUGUGUAUUACCCAAAAUGAAAAGGAUCAAAUAUGAAGAGUUUAUGUUGACGAUGAACUGUCAGACUAUGUAGUGCAGAUACAGAAAAAGAGGUGAGGACUAAACCAGGGGUCGGUUUUGUUUUUGAGGAUCAGCCGGGCACUGAGUUUCUCCUCAAACGUUGAAGUUCCACUCUGGAAACUGUGCGUACGUUCAAUUCCGCAUCUGUAUUGUCCGCUCGGCAGCAAGUCACGCGAAGGGAUUUCACUGAUUCAGCAGCCGGACCAGACGCUGACUUCCAGGCGCACACACACACUAGCAUUGAAUGUAUCAGUUCCAUUCUUCAGGGAGAGGAUAAUGAGCCAUGGUCAUCAUUUCUCCAUCAGAAUGUAACACGCCCAUUCUUGCGUUGAGAGCGAUGUAGGAAUCGAGGUGUAUGGCCGGUGCUCCAUAUACACGAGUGUGUGCAUGUGCAUGUAUGUUUGAGAGCGAAGGGGAACGGACAGGGCGUGGGCAGACUGUUUGUUUCGAGGCCGCUUGCUGGACUAUGGACCAACGUUGGCGUAUAACAGUUUAGUGGAUUGAAGUAGCUCUCCUCUUACGUCAACCUGUGCCAUUCCACCCGAGGCUGCAGAGCAAGCAACCAGUUCACGGACGAUGAUGUAAAUCUGUCACAGAUCCACGACACACUGUAAUUUGUCCAAGAAUACAGGAAGACAAAAGGCUGGUUGUUGGUUCACACAAGAGUCACUGACUGUCAGAGUUUGGACCAAUUUAACUUUGAAAAGAAAAGUUGUGAAGUGUUUUGUGUAAAGUCUGAUAUAUGACUAAGAGCUGAAUGUAUUGUACUUGGAUUGUUGCUGCAUCGCAAAUGCAAUGUCCUUUGUGGAAACAGGAUUGACCUCAACCCUGAUUAAUAUAGGGCUCCAGUUGAUUCCACGGUCAAGUGACCCCGAGUGCGUCGCUGGCUCCUUGUCCCGUUUUCUACCGUGUAGAUUCGGGCAAAGUGCAAAAUCCACCUGGCUUCGACAAAAAAAGAAAGUUCUAAAUAAAUAAACACCUUUAUAUAACAAACAAAAACUAGGAAGGCCAUCGUUUAAGCACAUGUAAAUCUAUACUCUGUUAACAAAAUCACAAUCCCUUCUCCUGUUUUGUAAGAAAACAAAACCCAUCGGUACGGAUUGCAAAACAGUGGCCCCGGUAUAUUUGCCCUCUGCUGACCUUUGAGGGGCUUUUAGCAUCUCUGAAAAGAUGUUCACCCGAGACAAGAAUGACUCCACUUUAGUUUUAUGUGCAAAGAAAUUCGUGACCCCACGAAUUCAAGUCUCGCACCCAGUUUGUCCAAGAGGACGGAAGCUGCUCUGAGUAGUUGGGAGGUGAACGUUCGGACCUACAAAAUGUCCAAACAGCAGAAAAAGCUUCAGUGUCGUGUACAUAAAAUAUAAAAAGACAGAUUGAUGGAAAACUGGAGCUAGAAAAUGGCCGCGUCAUAGCGCAAGUCACCCACUGUCCUUGGUUUACUGGUUUGCUUUGACUCCUGUAUGGAGACUGAAAGCAAGUAUCUGCAGUUGAUCUCUUUUUAUUUAUGACCAAACUACAUGGUGCAGGUGAAUGGUCAAAGAGGAAGCCACCGAUCCAAACUCUGGAUACUUGUUUAUCAUGCAUGCAACUACGAUUUGUCCCCAAAAAAAAAAGAAGACAUUUUGCAAGCGUACUUGUACGAGAGCUGCCGACUGCUCGUUGUAGAGACGACAUGAUGCCAUGCGAGCCUACGUUAAAAAGAAAAACACAAAAAAAAGACUUCAGGUGUUGUAUGGCCUUGGUCCCAUAAUGGAAUGUGAAAUGUUCUGUGCUGCCACAAAAUGUACUUAGGCUUAGAUUUAUACUGUAUAUCUCUGUAUGUUUCUCUUCCUUUUUCAAUAGAUUAUCAUGUUAAACCAUCAAUAA